ACAAUCAACUUGAUCAAUUCUCCUAUGAUUCUCUUUCAAAAUCUUUCUCUUGCUUUUUGGCUGGGCUGGCUGAAGAUUUAGAACUAUUUAAGAGAAAAACCCCAAUCAAAAUCAAAGUCAAAUAAAUCCUUUUUGCCCAAAUACAAAAUAUCAAAAUUCGAAAACGGCAAUUCGCAUCAACAUAAGAUACUUUUUAAAAUCCAAUUAUUCGGGUUCGAUCUACGAGUAUAUGCCUACCUACAAAUUAUUACUACUCACUACCCAUCUACUCUCCUCUCCCAUCCCAAUCUUGGUUCCUACCUGGGCAGAUAUCAAUUACUUCUUUCUUUCUUUCCUUGAAAUCAAUUCACUCAAAUACUCCACCGUCCGGUAUCUCCGAUCUCCUUCAAUUAAUACAUCUCAGUUCAUUUGCAAACAGAAAUCCUCUCUUUAGAUGGUGUUUUAAGUGAUUGAUGAUUGUGAUAAGAGAAGUUUUAAAUUCCGUUGUAUCAAUAACCCAAUAACCCAAUAACCCAACAACCAAGAAAAACGAAAUCCCCCCAAAAAUCGUCUUGUCCCAAUUCAAUCGAAACCAAUAUACACGAACCUACUCAUUUUCCUAGUGGUCGCAAAUCUUUGAAAUUUCUCCAUGGAGCGCUAAAUCGAUCCAUAUAAACUUUACACUUGGUUAUAUACAUGGGACCUAAAGGGUGCGCAAGAAGAAAAUGGACUCGAGAUUUCAUGCUACAGUGAUGCGACGGCCGGAAGAUGAUCAGGAAGAGGCUGCUGUAUCUACAACAAGGCGAGAUGGGAUAAUGAAUGGACCAAAUGGACCAGGCACAACGAGCACCAGCAGCUCAAACAUACCUUACAACGUGGGUUCACCGAGACAACAAUCACAAACUGAAAUUCGUUCAAUCCUCAAUCCAUCAACAACUUCAACUGGCGCACAUCCAUCAUUCAAUCAAUAUCAUCCACCAACAGCGGCACCUCCACUUAUACCAUCACUCAUUCCUCUUCAAUCAACCACACCUUCAACCCUAGGGUUGAGUUUGGGUACUCCCUCUUUGUAUCAAAGUGAACGAGAUACUGGUUAUCCACGCGAUCAAAAACCAACCAGCAAUUACUACGAUCCGACUUCCGACUCGAGCGAAAGAAGACCUGCGACCGCGGAGUCUAAAUGGAACGAUAGGGAAGCUAAGACAUCACAAGUAAGAUAUUUUCCAUACACCCACCCCAAAAGAAUAUUCAAUCUCCUAACACCUUACAACAGAGUCGUGAUUCUUAUCCCUAUCAACAAAAUCAACCACCUGCACCAUCUACAGUUGGCCCACUGAAUCUUUAUAACGGCGCCUAUAAAUCGCCCGUGAAUUCUCAUUUUCCACCACUGUCGCCCAUUUCACACGCGCACCCACAAGGUCGCGUACCUCCUCCAGUGGCACAAUCACCACGAAUGUCCGCGAUGGAAUCACCAGUUAGUCGACAUAAUGGUCUUGGUGCUGGACCAGAAAUGCAGGACAGGCCAGUCAUCAAACAAGAGCCUGUACCAGCUAGUGUAAGUCGCAACUUUGUCCACCUUUUCACUUUUUUCAUAUCAACGUCAUCUAAUUUAUUGCCCACCAGACUCCUAGCCGACCAGUAGAUCCAAUGGCUUUUUCGAGUAUAUUAUCCAGUGCCGCUCCUGAACCAACUCCAAAACAUCAACCAACUCCCACACCCAUCGUAUCCAAGCCCCGCAAACCUUCACGACAAACCAUGCCUCCCUUGAAGGCAGAACCCUCUUCCGCCCCUAGUUCUCGACAAUCCUCAAUUGCACCAGCUCCUCCGCCACCUGCGUCCCGAGUACCGGCAAAGCGCAAGGCAAAUGGAGAAACAAAGCCCGCACCAAAACCCAAACCUUUUACAAAGGAGCAAGAAAGGGAUAUCGUCAUCGUGAUGUCAAAGUUAGACAGGGAACCAGAAGACAGCGAUGUGGAAUUUGCAGAAGAGAAGAGACUCUAUCAAACACGAUCACUCAAACGAAAGCUCGAGGUUGAAAAAAUUGAAAUCUCUAAAACAAAGCAACGUCGCACGGAUUUCACCAAUAAGAUGGCCAAGAGGUUAGAGAAGCAUGCUAAAGCAGGCGAAGAACGAUAUAGAGAGGUUGAAGGAGAUGCUGCUAUCUCGAAAGUACAAGCGGAUGAGAUUCAAACUGAAAAAGAGCGCAAGAAGGAUAUGCAGAGGAAGCGUCGUCGUGAAAAGACAGUUCAGAAUAAUAUGGAACAAAAGGAAAUUGCCUUGGCCAAGGCUCAAGCAGCACAAGAUGAUCAAGAACGACACAAGUUUCUUCGAGAUGCUCAAAGAGCAGAAAAGAAGGCACAGCAGACCAAGCAAAUACUUGCUAGAGGGGACAAGGGUCCAGAGAUUCGAGCAGUUUCGCCCAUGGAGCCUAAUAUGCAGGGAGGUAGCAUGUCAACUUUUACCGCUGUGGAUCCUGAUUCCACCAAGAAACCAAAACGUGGUGGUGCUCGACCCAGAAAGUCUAAAGAACAGAAGCAGGCGGAGAAGGACUCGGCUGCAGCAGCUCAAGAGGCAAUCGACAAGGGCGAAUCACCAGCACUCAUGCCAAUUAGGGAUGCAGCAGAAUUUAAAGAUAUGAAGCCACUUCCAUCGAAAGAAGCGGGUACCAAGAUUAAGCUCAAGUUCAAAGCGCCAGCCGAACCGGUCGAAGUCAAGGAAGAAUCUCCUUCAGCUCCCGUGGAUCAGCACAACACGAAGAUGUACCAUGUUGUCUACGAUCAAAUCUGGAAGGAUCUUGCUCGAAAGGAAGUUCCCAAGGUUUUUAAACUGGCUGUGGAUUCUUAUUCUAUUCGAGCAUCAAACUUGAAGAAGACUGCAAUUCUGGCUUCGAAGGAAGCGAAGCGAUGGCAAUUACGAACGAAUAAGGGUACCAAAGAUCUUCAAGCUCGUGCCAAGCGUGUUAUGCGAGAGAUGAUGUCUUUCUGGAAACGUAACGAACGUGAAGAGCGGGAUACUCGACGAGCUGCAGAGAAACAGGAGAUUGAGAAUGCCAAGAAAGCCGAAGCCGACCGUGAAGCCAACAGACAGAAGAGAAAGCUCAAUUUCCUUAUUUCUCAAACUGAGCUCUACUCCCAUUUCAUCGGCAAGAAGAUCAAGACAGAUGAAGUUGAGAGGUCUACCGAUCAUCCCGACGUUGCGGUUCCCGACAAGGCAGAUCAUGCAAAGCCAGAUCAUGGUGAUUUACCACAAGGCACUGCUCCUGCAAAGGUUACAAAUUUUGAGGAUCUUGACUUUGAUGCUGAAGAUGAAUCUGUAUUGAAAGCUGCAGCUAUGGCUAAUGCUCAGAAUGCUAUUCAAGAAGCUCAGAACAAGGCCAGGGCCUUCAAUAAAAAAGAUGAUGCCCCUGCCAUGGACGAUGAAGGGGAGAUGAACUUUCAAAAUCCAGCAGGUAUGGGGGAUGUCGAUAUUGAACAACCGAAGAUGCUCCAAGCCCAACUCAAGGAAUAUCAACUCAAGGGUCUCAAUUGGCUUGUCAAUCUUUACGAACAAGGCAUCAAUGGUAUUUUGGCAGACGAGAUGGGUCUUGGUAAGACUGUCCAAUCGAUUUCCGUCAUGGCCUAUCUUGCGGAGAAACAUGGCAUUUGGGGUCCAUUCUUGGUUGUUGCUCCUGCAUCGACCCUUCACAAUUGGCAACAAGAAAUUACCAAAUUCGUUCCAAGGUUGAAGGUAUUACCAUAUUGGGGCACAGCAGCAGAUCGAAAGGUUUUACGAAAGUUCUGGGAUCGAAAGCACAUCACUUAUACCGAGGACGCCCCUUUCCACGUUCUUGUCACUUCCUACCAACUCGUCGUUUCGGAUGUCGCUUAUUUCCAGAAGAUGAAGUGGCAAUACAUGAUUUUAGAUGAGGCUCAGGCGAUCAAGAGUUCACAAAGUUCUAGAUGGAAGAGUUUACUUGGUUUCCAUUGCAGAAAUCGUCUCCUUUUGACUGGUACUCCUAUUCAGAACAACAUGCAAGAACUUUGGGCUUUGCUACAUUUUAUCAUGCCUAGUUUGUUCGAUUCUCACGAUGAAUUCAGCGAAUGGUUUUCAAAGGAUAUUGAGAGCCACGCUCAAAGUAAUACUAAGCUCAACGAGGAUCAACUCAAACGUUUGCACAUGAUUUUAAAGCCUUUCAUGCUUCGUCGUGUUAAGAAGCAUGUACAAAAGGAGUUGGGUGAUAAGAUUGAGGAGGAUAUCUUUUGCGACCUUACUUACCGUCAACGAGCGUACUAUAGCAACCUUCGAAAUCAAAUCAGCAUUAUGGAUCUCAUCGAGAAGGCUACAAUCGGAGAUGAUAAUGAUACGGGUACUUUGAUGAAUCUGGUGAUGCAAUUCCGAAAGGUUUGCAAUCAUCCAGACCUUUUCGAACGUGCUGAAACUACCUCGCCUUUAUCUUUCAGUUACUUUGCUGAAGCUGGUUCUUUCUUGAGAGAAGGUCCAAAUGUUACUGUGGCUUACUCGGCGCGUAAUAUGAUUGAGUACUCAUUACCUCGAUUAAUAUGGCGUGAAGGUGGACGUCUAGACUUACCUGGGCAUGACAAUGAGCAUGCUGGUGUCAAGGCCAAAUGUUUCGAGUCACUUUUCAAUGUUUGGGAGCCGGAAAAUAUCGUUGACAGUGCAAAAGAAGAUGGGGCAUUUUCAUGGCUUCGUUUCACCAAUACCUCAGUACAAGAAUUAUCAACAGCGUCAAGGAAGGAUGUUUUUGCUCGUGCUGUGGAUCUUGUAAAGAAGCCACAAACACUUGGCAGACUCAACAUUGUCUACGAUGAAGAGGAAGACAAGAACUAUACGCCAGUUCAUUCUAUGCUCCAAAUUGUGAAUCGGAAAGAUCGCAAGCCUCUUGCGGAAGUUACAAAUGAAGGAUAUCUCAACAAACUCUUCAAUGUGGCUAAGGAUGUUUGGGGUCACUCUGGUAUGAGCCGCAUGGAACAGUGUGGUCGACCAAGUGCAACCGCUCCCCCUAUUGAAGUCACAUGUUCAAGCAGAGGUGCCGUCAUCGAGAGACAGAAAAUCUUGUUCAAUGUUCCGAUGAGACGUGCACUCUUUGGUCCUUCACCUGUUGAAGAGAAGGCAUUGAUUACCUCCAAGGUUUCACCAUCAUUCUAUCCACCAAAACCAAUGUUACCAUUACCUACUUCGGAAAAACAACGUUUUACCAAUAUCAAAGUACCAUCAAUGCGUCGCUUCGUCACUGAUUCAGGCAAACUUGCUAAGCUCGAUUCUUUACUUACCAAGCUUAAAGAAGGUGGUCAUCGUGUUCUUUUGUAUUUCCAAAUGACGCGCAUGAUUGAUCUCAUGGAAGAGUAUUUGACGUAUCGUAAUUACAAAUACCUUCGUCUUGAUGGUUCCACCAAACUUGAGGAUAGAAGAGAUACUGUACACGAUUUCCAAACUCGACCAGAGAUUUUUAUCUUCCUGUUAAGUACAAGAGCUGGUGGUUUGGGUAUCAAUCUUACGAGUGCUGAUACAGUCAUCUUCUACGAUUCCGAUUGGAAUCCUACAAUUGAUAGUCAAGCCAUGGAUCGUGCUCAUCGUCUAGGACAAACUCGUCAAGUUACAGUCUAUCGUAUGAUUACUCGUGGUACAAUUGAAGAAAGAAUUCGCAAGAGAGCCUUACAGAAAGAAGAGGUUCAAAAGGUUGUUAUGACUGGUGGUGCAGGUGGUGGUGUUGAUUUCAAUGCGAGAAGUAAGGAGAAUAGGACAAAGGAUAUUGCAAUGUGGUUGGUGGAUGAUGAAGAGGCUGCGGAAAUUGAGAGAAAGGAAGCUGAACAAUUAAGAUAUGAAGCUGAGAACCCAACAGCUAGCAAGAAGGGUAAGGGGAAAGGAAAGAAGGGGAAAGAGGGUGGUGGAGGAAGUUUGGAGGAUCUUUAUCAUGAGGGUGAGUUUUGAUUUUGUCUUUAAAUUUGCAUAGUAUGGUUUACUUUCAUACCUUGAAAGUGGCAUGAGAUGAUAAUCAUGAGAUGGAUAUGUUAUGGAUUGAUUGCUAACUGUGGAUGAAUUAUAGGCGAAGGUCAUUUUGAUGAUGGGUCGAAUAGACCUAGCGGUACAGCAACACCUACUGCUGGUGAUGCAAGUAAGAAAAAGGGAUCGAGUAGUCGGAAGAGUGGUGGUGGUGGAAGAAGUAAAAAGGCUAAGACGGCUAAAGAAAGGUUGGCAAUGGCGGAUGGGGACGUGGAUAUGGCGUAGAAGUGUAAGAGGUGAGAAAUAAGAUACGGUAUCAUGAAAAGGAUAAUGAAUGGGAAUCAUUCAGGUGGUUGGGCAUGGAUGGGAUAGGAAUUGAAUUGUACGAUUGAUUGGUAAUAUUAUGAUGGGCUUUGCAGGUAAGGAAGGAAUGGAGAAAAGGCGAAAAGUAAAAUGAUUUGCAUGCAUGCAUGAUUUGCACAUAUAAGAGACAAAUCCUUCUAUAGGGAUAAGGGGGAAGGAGUCGUUUGAGUGGUUGGAGAGGUUGAAGAUUAUGAUGUGUAUUAUAUUAUAUUAUUGACUUUAUUGACUUUAUACUAGUCAAGAUCUACAGAUUUUGGUCUUUAGUGAGAUUAUUUGGAAUGCGGGAUUUGAGAUAAAAGAUUGAGGUAUGAGAUAAUUUCAUAUAAGAGUUCCAAUAUCUAUUUGCU